CGUGGAAGGAAUCAUGGGAACACGGAAGUAUGAUUUUUAACACCAACAGAUCAGUGCAGCAGAUAUCGUGAACGUUGAAGUAAUUCAUUAUAAUACACAGAGCAGUCUGCAUUGGCACAGAGGAGAUGGUGAAAGGCAAAUUCUUCUACGCUGUGAGGAAAGGAUUAAACCCUGGAGUUUACCAAACUUGGGAUGAAUGUAAGAAACAAAUUGACAAGUUCCCACAUGCCAGCUACAAGAAGUUUGCUGCUGAAAAGGAUGCCUGGGCUUUUGUCAGAGGCGAAGCAAGGUCGAUAACACCAGACGUGUCAGAGGGAACCAGCUAUGAGGCAACACUCCCACGAAGGGCCCCGGAGGCCCUUGAGUAUAUUCCCAUUGGUCAGAAGAGACACUAUAAUCACGUGGAGGAGGAGGAGAAGGAGGUGGUGUCCCCUGCCAAACGAGCUAAACCUUCCCAGGAGGCAUCUCAAGACAGCUGUGCAUCUUCAAAGAGCUCUGAUGGAUUCACCUACAUGGGUGAUGCAGUGGUGGUGUACACAGAUGGCUGCUGUUCAGGCAAUGGGAAGGCCGGAGCCCGAGCUGGGAUUGGGGUGUACUGGGGACGUGACCAUCCUCUGAAUGUAGCAGAACCGCUGGAUGGAAGACAGACCAACCAGAGGGCAGAAUUACAGGCAGCCUGUAAAGCCUUGGAGCAGGCCAAAGAGAUGGACAUCAAGAAGUUGGUGCUCUAUACAGACAGCAAGUUCACAAUUAAUGGUGUCACCAGCUGGGUGAAGAACUGGAAGCUGAACAACUGGAGGCUCAAAUCUGGUGGCCCUAUCAUCAACAGAGAGGACUUUGAAAAACUUGACAAGUUAAAUGAAGAGCUGAAGGUUGUAUGGUUGCACAUCCCAGGCCACGCUGGAUACCUAGGAAACGAGGAGGCUGACAGGCUGUCCAGAGAGGGGGCAGCAAAACGCUCACAUUAGCCCUACAAGAUAACAGCCCAAUAUGUCAUAUUUACUUAUCUUGUUUCUCGGUUAAAUUCUAUCAAAUUGGGAGUUCAAGAAUUAAUAAUUCAAGAUCGUUUUGUGUGUGUGGGGGGGGCAUUUUUCAUUUUCCAGGAUAUUUUUUUGUCUUUUCUGUUGGGCUGCCAAGUUCUUUUCCAAAGAACAAUGUUCUGUUUCUAAGUUAGUUUGUUUUUAUUAAAUAAAGCAUCCUGUCUGAAA